AUGGGUGGUAAUCACGAUGCAUGUGUUGUUAAAGGCUUAUCUCCGGAACCAGAUAAACACUGUAUUGAUUACGCGAGAACUAUAACAACUUCUCAAGAAAAAAUUGCACUUCUUAACAAAAUUAAUGAAAGAAGGAACAAAAUAGCAGCCGGUGAUGUUCGUUCAUAUCCUUCAGCGGACAGCAUGUUGAAAUUGACCUGGAAUGAAGAAUUAGAAAAAUCGGCCCAAAGGUGGGCUGAUCAAUGUGUAAAACAAAUCAGUUUAUCAGAUCAGAAAGAUACAUGUCGUGAUUUAGGAGAGUUAUCGGUUGGACAGAAUAUAGCAACUGUAUAUGGGGAAGCACCGGGAUUGUCUCCUUUAGCCUUGGUGGAUGUAUGGUACACUGAGCUGUUGAACGCAAAUGUUUCGGAACAUCUAGAAGGUGACCGCAGCAUUAAAAACAGGACAGUCAAUAGGCUGGUCUGUAACUUCGCAGUAGGUGGUAAUGUAGUAGGGGAAACUGUUUAUACUAGUGGACCACCUUGUUCAAGAUGUCCCGUUGGCGGUGUUUGCGAUAUUGAAUAUACAUCAUUAUGCAAUAUUAAACAAGAUAAUAUAAAAAGAAUAGGAAAAAAAUCAGCGUUCGAUGUUGGAACAGAUGAUACUUCUAAAGAUAAUUUUCAAUUAAUAACCGAAAAUUCAACAGCUUCCGAUACUAUGACAGAAGAUGAAACUGCGACUUUUGACUAUAUAUCUCAGUAUUUUGAUUUUUCGCGGCAAAAGCUUACCACGCCUUCGAUACAAAGUUCUAGUUUAUGUAAAGGCGAAUUAGCGGUAGACGAAUUUAUCGAACUAUUAAAAAAGAAAUUGAGUAAUGAUCCACUAUUUAAAGACAUACUUCAGUCGACUACAAAUUUAAUGCUGAAUGGAAAUAAUGAUUUUGCUAUAACUGAUCCAAAUGUAGCAGUAUUUGUAAGUAAGAUAUAUAGUAAGAAAGUACCAACAACUACCACUAAGUUACCUGAACAGGAAUAUGUGAAUUCCACUUUGCUUGUCGAUUUGGUGGAGGCUGUUAUAUUCAGAAGUGGCGAAAAAACUACACUUGCACAGCAACUAGACGACAUAAGACAGUCUCUUAUGGAGGUGAGUCCAGUGAAAGUCCAGGCGGAACUUGCAGAAGUUAAAUUGAAUCAUGAUUUUACAGGCCAUUAUUUCUUUCCCGAAGAUAACACUGAAGUAUCAAGCACAGACACGAUAGAUUCAUAUGACGAUACAUCUGGAAUUCCAGUGUCAGAUGUGGUAUUGGAAAUACAAAAUUUAAAAAGAACCGAGAGGACAAAAGACUUUUUGGAUGACAUUAUAGAUUCUGAUUAUGUAACAGAAAGUCAAUUAGAGAAACGGAAACGAGGAGCAUUUUUAAAAAAUGAACAGGAUUUAGAUUAUUCCGAAAAAAAAACUCAAUCCAAUUACCGAAAAAAAGAUGACCAAGAAAUGUUUAUAAAGUAUGAUGAUUUAUUGAAAACGAUAGCUGCAGACUUAAAACCAUUGAAACUAAAUGAAAGAUUUCAUUGUUCUUUCAAUAAACCAAAAGAAAAAUAA